AUGCGCCACUGUGGUUCCGUUCCCUGUCAUCGUGUUAUCAAUCGCAACUGGGAGGAAGGCCAUCAAAGACUAUGGUAUGACUAUUUCACGGAGGUUCCAGUAUUUCCACCUCAUCUUUUUCGAAGAUGUUUUUGGAUGAAUCAACAUCUCUUCUGUCGUAUUGUGUACGACGUUGUCGCUUGUAACGAUUAUUUUCGUCAGAAAAGAGAUGCUCUGGGAAUUCUUGGCUUGUCAUCACUCCAAAAGGUCACCGUUGCAAUCCAAAUGUUGGCAUAUGGACAACCCGUAGAUUCUGUUGACGAAUACAUUCGGAUCGGUGAAAGUAUUGUUAUCCAGUGUCUUCGCCAUUUUGUUGCUACUGUUGUUGACGUAUAUGCCGAUCAUUACCUGAGGGCUCCUAAUUCCAAUGAUAUUGCUAGAUUACUCUCCUUCGGAGAACAAGAAAUGUACACUAGACAUGCUUGUGAACCUACAAUCAUACUAAAAGUAGUUGCCUCAUCAGAUCUAUUGAUAUGGCAUGCUUUCUUUGGGAUGUUGAGUAGCAUCAAUGACAUUAACGUCCUUGAUAGAUCUCCUCUUUUUGAUGCUUUGUCUCAAAGUUGUACCCCUGCUGUUAACUAUGUAAUCAACGGCCAUGAGUAUAACAUGGGAUAUUAUUUAGUUGAUGGUAUCUAUCUGGGCUACUUUUGUUAUGGACACCGAUUUUGA